AUUCUGAUGUCGGUAACUGGAAAACCUCCAUGGUUGGAGGACGAGAAGCCGUAUCCAAUUGAAGCAGCAGAGGCUUUUGCGAUGACUGUGGAAACCACUGCUUAUGCCUUGCUUCAAGCAUUGUCAAGGAAUGAUAUUGACUAUGCAACACCGAUUGCGAGGUGGCCAACGAUGCAACAGAACUAUGGUGGUGGAUUUCACUCGACGCAGUUUCCACUUGGAAGAAAGAUUCACAUCAAAUUGACUGGUCAAGGAACUGGGACACUGACUUUGGUCGAGUGGAUCACAGAAAGUCUGGCAACAAAAAAGCUGCAAUGGUUACCUCCUCACUGCUUCCAACUCCUCCUCUUUCUCAGCUGGUGCCCGAUCACUGGCAGCGACAGCGUACCCUCAUGAUGCCAAGGUUGGAGACUAUCAAGAAUCAUGACGACACCGGCCCUUCUCUGUACUGCAGGACUGCCCCAGAGUGCUCCAGGCAGCAGAAACAACAUUGAACUACUCCAGUGGUCUGCACCAUGACAUUUCCUGUGGUACUUUAUGCAGCCCCUCUGAGUGUGUAAUACACACUCCCAUAUGGACCACGUCUUCAAACUAAGGCUCUUGUCACCUCCUCAUUACUUCAAGUUGUUCAAAUGAGGAUGGCAGGGCAGAAUAUUGAAGAAUUAUUACAAAGUCUUCUGUUCAGUAUCCUGCUGCUCUCUGACAAGGAAAACUGAAAUGUACUU